AAUUUCUGAGUCCAAUUAAAAUGGGUAUUUAGCACAGCUCUAUAGCCUGUAGGCUCUGUUAUCUCUUGGCCGCACACUCAUUCAUCAUGGCGUUUGCCUCCGCAAGCCCCGAAAACACCUCCAAAAGAUUUAUUGAAAAUGCAAUUAAAAACAAACACAGCUUCAUCCAGUUGUUUGCAAUGACCGGAAUAUUUUUGUUGAGCGCCAAAUCAUUGGCUCAGAAGUACCGCCUCCGUGACCUUGAAGAGGACACUUCAGCUCUUAAGGAAGAACAAGAAUCCCUAACAAAUCGCAUGAACAACAUUAAGCGCAGUCUCCUCCACGAAGCCGCUCUUGAACCCACCGGCGGCUUCGCUUCUCGUCUCCGCCUACUCUUCGGCGAGGAAGCUUGACUCAAACGGAGCGAUUUGUGAGUCAUUUUGUGAUUUCAUGUAUUUCAUAUUAAGGAUAUAUUGAUUUUAGAGUUACUGUUAUUAUUUGAGGCAAUAAGAAACGAAGAUGUGGACUAAAACGGAUCAAAUUUGUAUGAACUGAUUGACUACUUUGAUGA